AUGCCCGCCCCCGAGAACGGCGGCCGCCCCUCGCCGCACCGCCCGUCCACCCAGGCGCCGCCAACACGCCGCAACAGCCCCUACCUCCCGACGCCGACCGAGCGCCUCCUCGUGGCGCUGUACCCGUCGCUCCUCCUCCUCGGCGCCGCCUUCGCGGCCCUGUCGCCCGAGACCCGCGCCGCCGCACCCGCCGCCGCCGGAACAACCGCGUCCUUCUCGCAGGACCCGGGCCUGGCGCCGUCGUACUUUGCGCGCAAGGACAACGCCGUCAACGUGCUCUUCGUCAAGUGGGGGUGGGCGUGGAUCAGCGUCGCUGCGGCGGCGUGGGCGGGGACGCAUCCCGGGGCGGCGGAGGGGUGGCGGGUGUUGGUGCGGUGGGCGGGGGUGACGGGGUGGUGGGUUGGGGUUACGAGGUGGUUUUUCGGGCCGGGGUUUAUUGAUCGGGGGUUUAGGUUGAGUGGGGGCAGGUGCGAGGUUGUUGAGCUGAGGGUCGCGGAGGGGGUUGCUACCGGGGCGGAGAUGGUCUCGGCGGCGGCUUGUAAGGCUGUUGGCGGGAGAUGGAGUGGUGGGCAUGAUAUCAGCGGGCAUGUGUUUAUGCUGGUGCUGGGCAGCGGGUUCCUGAUGCAGGAGGUCGGCUGGGCGGUGUGGAGGUGGAGGGAGGGGCGGAGGGGGGCGAGGAGCACCGAGGAGAGGACCGUCGUGAUGGCGGACGGGUCGGUCAGAGGAGCCGGGGUUGAGGCCCGUGCUGCUGCCGGUGGACUCCCCGGCGGGGGGCCCGGGUCCGACGGUGACCUGCUGGGGCUCGGGGGGAAGUUCGUGCUCGCUGUUGUGGCGCUGAGCUUGUGGAUGAUCCUCAUGACGGCGAUUUACUUCCACACGUGGUCCGAGAAGCUUACGGGACUUAUCGUUGCUCUCACGGCCUUGUAUAGCGUCUACAUCCUCCCUAGAUGGGUUCCGGCGUUGAGAAGAAUUUUCCAGCUCCGCUUCUCCCCCUCCCUAGCCAACAAGCCCCGCGCCCCCGAACCCCAUCCCCGCACCGCCGCGCCCAUCGACCCGUUCGCCGACCCGCCGGCGGCCCUGCUGGUGUCGGCCGUGCCGCCGGCGCACAACCUGGUCCUCAACAAGUUCGCCGUCGUGCCGGGCCACUUCAUCCUCGCCACCGCCGCCUUCCUGCCGCAGGACCACCUCCUCGACGCCGCCGACCUCGCCGCCGCGUACGCGUGCAUCGAGGCGUACCGCCGCGGAGAGGACGAGGGAGGAGGAGGAGACCGAGACCUGUUUGUGUUCUUCAACUCGGGCCCGCACUCGGGCGCUAGUCAGCCGCAUCGACAUCUGCAGCUGCUGCCGGUGGAGGGCAUGCGCGACGGCCUGGCCGGGGAGGGGGAGGGGGCCUGGGAGGUCCUGGCGGAGAAACUGCUGGCUGCUGGGGAUGGACUCGGGGGCGGGGAUGUCGCGGCGCGGCUGCCGUUCCGGACGUUUGCGGGCCGUAUUGGUCGGGACAUGGGGCCGCGGGAGAUGCGCGAGGUCUACCUGCGGCUGUACCGGGAGGCGUGUCGGGCGGCCGGGCGAGGGGGGGAUGCCAACGGGGUGGGUGUGGAGGUGGAGGUAGACGGGGAGGCUAGGAUCAGCUAUAACCUCGCCAUGACGCGGCACACUAUGGUGCUGUGUCCCCGGGUCGCCGAGGGGUCAACCGUGUCCGGGCCGGGCGGCGCGACUGCCGGGAAGUUGAGCCUGAACGGGACCGUGCUGGCGGGGACGGCGCUCGUCAAGACCCAGGCCGAGUGGGAUGCCCUACGCGGCGAUCCGGCGCAGCUGCGUGGUGUGCUGGAGAAGAUCGGGAUCCCGACGAAUGCGGGUUGA